AAAUGACAAAAAUACAACACUAGUGCAAGUUUCUCUAACCAGUUUGUUAUACUAGCUGUGUCAUUUUUUGGUAAUACGUAUUCUAAAACCUAUUGUCGUAAACUGGCGAAAAUUUUAGUGAAAUCAAAGCAUUAAUUGCACACAGUUUUUAAUCAUUCUAAAAGAAAAUUUACAAAAUAUCAGUACCUGCUGCAAAGAAAACAUCGUAUAAUUAAUUUGCUUGAUGCAUGUGAAACCAUAAGCUACGAGAACCAAAUUAAAUAAUUUGGUUAUAACUAUUUUUGAGUAAUCAUGGGAACACUUAUUAAGUUAUUCCUGCUAGCACUUGCAGUAGGAUUAGCUUCGUCUAACUUUUUGGAACCUAUAAAAACUUUUGUCAGGGAUUACGAAGAAAGUGCAGUAACAUGUUCUUCAAAAUGUACCGAUGGAAUUUCAAAUGGCAAUGUGGUGUUCGGCGAGAACAGAAGACAUAGCUAUUUGUUCAGUGGUAAGACCACCAUUAUUGCUCCAACUGACAGUGAACAGGGUAUAUCAGAAGUAUCUAUCAAAGGAGAUGUUAAUACCAUCGGAACAGAAAAAUGUGGCGUUAUAAUUUAUCUUAAGAAUCUUCAAAUAACUCAGGGAUCGAAGACUUACAGCAACGAAGAAUUACGAAAACUAGAGGGCAACCCUGUUCUGUUUUCUUACAACAACGGAAAAGUUGGUCAGAACAUUUGUUCGACAGCAGAUGAUUCUGCCGAAUCGAUGAAUUUAAAACGGGCGAUCAUUUCAUCUUUACAAAUAUCGUCAAUUCAAGGAAAUCAAAAAGAACUUUUAGAGACCGAUGUUCAAGGGACAUGUAAUACUAAAUAUUAUCCGGCUACAUUGUCCGAAUCGUUUUUUACAAUAAAUAAGGAAAAAAAUCUCAUCCAAUGCACGGGGCACGACAAAAUCAAUUUAAUGGCACAAUCGUAUCCGAUUGAUGAAGACUCUCCGUUCUCAACAGCCACCCAGCGUUCUGAAAUCAAAAUAAAAGACUCUACAUUAAUAUCUGUCACCAAUGAAGAGACAUUCAUUUAUCAACCAUUUGACGCAAUUGAUGUAGCAACUAGAAUAAUGGCAUCCAUGAGCUUGCAAUUGAAGAAAGUGAAAAUGAUUCAAUUAAAUAAGAAAAAUGACCUUCUAACACUGCUAAACAAAAGCCGAUCAAUUAUGUUUGAAAAACCAACUGGAGUAAUUGGAUCGGUAGAUGCGAAUGCGUUAGUAGCAGCAACACAAUCGGCUGUGACUAAACUCGACCCUAUAGUCCAUAUGGAUGGUGCUGAUAGUUUUUCAGUGUUAGUACAGUUAUUAAAAGUGGCAAAGAAGGAAGACAUACUUUCCGCGUUUAAUAAAAUUAUGAGCGGCAGCAGUGAACGUAUAAAUCCCGAAGUACCAGAGUCAAUUUUCAUAGAUGCUCUAAUGGCUGCCAAUAGUGGUGAAUCUAUUGAAGCCGCUGUAGAACUCAUAAAAAGUCAUCAAUUAAGCGAUUCACUAACUAUUUUAUGGUUUUAUAACCUAGCCAACGCAAAACAUCCUACCAAAGAGGCAGUGGUCAAAGCAUCAAACUUACUCAAUGACAGAGCUCUAAAAGAGGGCUAUCUGGGAGUCGGCGCUUUGUUAAGACAAUACCAACAAGAUACUCAUGACUAUACUAGUUCUGAAGUAAAAGAUACUUUGAGUAAUUUAGGAGAGCCAUUAAAGAAAGUGGGCUAUGGUUCAUUAUCAUCAAAUGAUGAAGACUUAAUUAUUGCUAGUCUUAAGGGUCUUGGCUAUGCGCAACACAUAAAUAGUGAUAUAGAAGAUUUAAUUAUUCAAAUUAUCAUGGAUAAAAAUACGAUUCAAAGGAUUAAAGCAGCAGCAUUGAAUAUGCUUAAAAUCUAUGCUGAGAAUUCAAAGGUGAUGAAAGCUUGUGAAAAUAUUUUCACCGACUACUUAGAAGACUCUGAACUACGUAUCUUAGCAUUUAAAGUAUUUUCCAUUGAUCCAUCCAACUACAAAGCAGCUGUUAUAAAAAAUGUAUUAGACGACAAAAAUACCCAACUUCAAAUUCGAGCUUACUUACUCAGCUACUUGAGUAAUUUACAGACGACCACAGACGAAAAUAAACUAAAUCAGAAGAGAUUUUAUGAAGGAAUUAAACCGAUGUCAUCAAAAAAAUCACUCGAUGAUAUUCUGCGUUACUCACAAAAUUUGAAUUAUUACCAUCAAUGCCCUAUGCUACACAGUGGAGUUUUGUUAGAUACAGAUGUUAUUUAUUCAUACAAAUCUUUUUUGGCUCGGUCUUCUUCGACAUCACUUAAAGCUUUUAUAUUUGGACGUAAACAUGACUUAAUGGAUAUUGAUGUCCGAGUUGAAAACUUGGAACCUUUAUUGGGAAAACUAUUUGGACCCGAAGGAUAUUUUGCAAAUAUUAAGGGAUCUACAUAUGAUAAUCUUAAAAAUUACGUAACUCAAGCAAUAAACUAUGCUAAAGGAGUACAGAAUAACGUAGAUUCAGAAUUGUCUUCUAAACAAGCUUGUGAAAAUAUACCUGAAGAAGAAAUGAAAAAAAUAUAUGUAGAUAUAACACUUAAAUUAUUUGGAAAAGAUCUUGGUUKGUUGUCAUUCCAAGGACGUGAAUGUCAAAUUACUUAUCAACAUAUAAUUGAUGCCGUACUGGAUAAUUUUGAUAAUUCAUUAGCCGAUAAAAAUAAUAUAGAACUGAAUAUAAGGAAACACAUACCAAUUAUCGAUUUCGAAAAGAAAUAUGCAACAUCUUCUGGACUUCCAGUUUCAUUAAAAAUCCAAGCUACGUCAGCUAUUAAAUUAAAUUUAUCUACAACAUUUGAUUUAAAUAGUUAUUUGAAAAAUCCAGGAAAUUCAAAUUUUACGUUCAGACUCAUGCCUAGCGGUUCACUUGUUUUUAACUCCUUAUUAACAAUAGAUGGAUAUACUGUUGAUGUCGGAUAUAAAAUAUCGUCCUCACUUCAUACAUCUACAGGAUCUCAUUUUUCAUUAGAGACGAUACAAAAUCAAAGUUUUAAAAUGGUUUAUGGACUUCCUUUGAAGGUUAUGGAUAUACUGUCUAUAAAAUCUGGAGCGUUUUCAGUAGUGCAAGAAAAAGGAAGUGAAUCUAAUGAAAUACCACUUAUGUCUACAAAUGUUGAUAGGCAAUCAUACACGAAAUCAAUUGAAAGUGUUAAGAAUACAGUAGGAUUGUCGUAUUUCAUUGAUUAUAAUUUUCCUUGGAACGGAGAGUUAAAAUCGUUACUACCAUUUUUUGGUUCAUCGUCAUUUUCUUUAAAAAUGUUUAAAGAUGAUGAAAACCUUACUGAAUAUGUUAUGAUUGGAAGUUAUGACUUAACGUCACCAAAGUUAAAACAUAUCAAGUUCAUAUUUGUUACACCGAAUACAAACAUCAAACGUGGCUUGCAGUUAGUCGUUGUUUAUGAUACUACAGCAAAUAAAACAUUAUUUGCAGAGUUUAAAACUCCAUCAACUAAAAAAAUCCUCCAAACGACAUUAGUUGAUUCCAAUGAACAAAAAACCAUAGAAGUUAAAUAUAUUGAUGGUUCCCAACAGCAUUAUUUUAGUGUUGGAGUAAAAUGUGAAGAGAUGGAUUCUGAAACAAUAAAAUAUUUACCAAUAUUCGAAGCUAAAAACUCUACAGAAUACAGAAAUCAUCUCAUACCCACGUUUGACGUAGAAGGGUACGUUCUCGUGCAACGUAAUACGAAUUCCGAUAGUAAUUAUCCAAGUAAAUUAACUUUAAGAGACGUUGCUAUUGUUACUGCCGAGAGCAGACAUUCUUUACAAGGGUCAUUAAGUUUUGAAAAUAACACAGUAUUAGGAGAUGUUAAUUUAACAGCCAAGAGUGUUACUAUUAACAUGAAUGGAUUUCUUAGUGGAGAUUAUCCGGUAUUACAAUUGGACUUAAUGUUAAAUAUGACUAGAAACGAACUAGCUAAUAAACAAUUAUUAUUGGAGACUGAUGAAAGCUAUGAUGGUUAUAGACCAAUGUCCAAACUCGUAGCUUUUCUAUAUAAAGUUAAGACUUUGAAUUUAUUUACAUCCCAAGAAUUGCAUAUUAAAACACCAUAUGUAUUCUUAAGUGAUAAUUAUAUCCGUUGGGACGAUGGAUAUAUUGAAGCAAAUUGUGACGUACUGUUUGAAAACAGUGAACUUACAACGCACGGAUAUAUUAUGACCUCCAAUCUGCUUGAUACGUCAAUGAAUGCUAAUAUCACUAUUCUGCCAAGUACCGAGGAUACGGGAAUAUUCGUUCUUGGGAUUUUAGAUCAUUCUCUUGUUUCGGAUCCAUCGUUUGCUGGACAUAGAGAUUUGAAAUAUAUUCAAAAUAAGAAUAAAGAUGGUAAUUAUUUUGAACUUAAUUUAGAAGAACCGAAAACACUUGGAAGGCAUCAUUUUAAUACAACACAUCAGUCUACAGAUGAUUUUUUGAAGUAUAAUAUUUACUAUGAUAUUAAUAAUGGUUCUACUUUUACGGUUGAUAUGAAUAUUUUAGCAGACGAUAUCACUUGUAAAAUUAAUUUUGAUUCUCCCAAUCCUGAAUAUAAGUCUUUUAUGAUGUUACAUGGCUGGUUAAAAACAAAAAAUACGUAUUUAUUUGAUACAAAAGUUUUGUGGCCUGGUGAUCAAUAUUCAAACUAUCUGAAUGCAAAUGGAAAUAUUUUUUUGAACGGACAUCAUACACAGAUGAUUGGAGACAUUGAUUUUCCAUUAGCGCAUUUAAAGAAUUUCCACAUAUCAGUAAAAUGUAAACCUAAUCCCGAAAAUGAAGAUGUUGGAUUUGCAACAGUUCGUUGCAUUUCUAAUGAAAAAGUUUUAUUAUCUGAAAAGUUCUUGUAUAAAUUAAUAAUGACCAAUGAUGGGUUAUAUGUGUCUGGAAAGAGUAUUUACGAUGAAUCACAGAAUGUCAAACCUAUUACUUUUCAUAUAAUAUAUAAAGGAUACGAUAAUGGAACACAAAUGGCGUAUAAAGUUUCAUUGAUACAUAAUAAUCAGCAAUUAACAUACAAAAAAUCUUUGCUUGUUAGUAAACACAUGUUGAAGUAUAAACAAAGUAACAAAAUAGAUGAUGAAGAACAAAAAAUAAUGAUGGAAUUAGAAUAUAAUAUAACAAAUGCAUGGAAUUGGUAUUAUAAAUUAAUAUCCGAAGUCGAUUCCCCAAAUGUUUUUCAUUAUUUGAUUAAUGAUGGCCAAAACGUGUUAAAAUUUAACUCCUAUAUUCAAUUUAGUAAUUACUCACUAGAUAAAGAGCAUACUCUUCAAAUUAUUUCAUCAGAAGGUGAAAUUGACUCGUAUAAAUUUAAAUGGCUUACAAACUAUGAAAAAACAGGAUUCGUGUUUUUAUAUAAAAAACGAGAAAUAAGGGGCUUAGCGCAUUAUAGUUUAAACGCUAUAGAUGGAGGAUACAAUUUUACUUAUUCGGGACAAACGUGGUUAGAUUAUAUUGCUAACCCAGAUUCGGAAAGCACCUUGUCAAUAGUUACUUACUAUUCCCUUGAUGAAGGACUUUCUGCAUUCAGUGACAUUAAUAUAUUUGUACCAUUGUUUAAUGAUAAGGAAAUGGUUGUCAAUACCUAUGUCCAAAUGUUUAAGAACUGGGAAAAUCCAUUAAGUAUUCAUUUAGAACUUGACAUUUUCCCCAAUAAAAAUCAAGCAUUAAAACUCCUUACUAGUUUGAACAGAACCAUUCAAGAUAGUGGAGUUUUGUAUUCUGCCUUGGUAUCAGCUCAAAGCGAUGGAAUGCAAUUAUAUUAUGCUUUAAAAGAUUCUAUAUAUGUUUCAAGGGAAAAAUGGGGAAAAUAUUUAGAUGCACGUUUUAUUGAUGCGGAUAAUAAUAUUAGACCAUUUGAAGUACAUUUUGAAUUAGUUCCUAGAGGAUUUGCCAACAAAAUUAACAUUUUUGAUAUUGCUUUGAUCGACGUCAAUUCGUCAAUUAUAGUCAAAGAUGGAGUUUUGAAUACACGUUCAGAAGUUAAGUACAAUGAUCGUCCGUAUUUCUUUGAAAUUUCGCUCACCUCAAAUCCUAAUUUCAAAUUUAUAAUGGGAUGGGAAAAUAAAACGGGAAGCCAUGAACAGCUGAUAGUCGAAGGUUCUAUUAAUAUGGAUGAGUCUGCGAUUAUAAGUGCUACUCGUAUACAAAACGAUGGUAAUGACGUCAUACCUGUGGGAUACAUUAAAAAAUCCUUAGAUAAAGAAAAUUGGUGGGAUACAAGUAACCAUUUGAGUAAAGAACAAUCUAACAAAAUUUGGCAAUCAUUAAAGGGACAGUUCAUUGAAAUAUUUAUAAAUGUACACAACAAUAUGGUAAAUAUAAUGUCUGUGGCCAAAAAUCAGCGUAAAUUACGAUUACAUGAAGCAAAAAAAGCCUAUCCACAAUAUCGUACAUUAAUGAAAUAUGCGAGCGACGAGCUUAAACAAAUACAUGAUGAAGUCUUAGAAGAUGAUUAUAUACUACAAAUACCAAUGUUGAUACAAAAUACCACAGAAGCUGUAUUUUCCGAUGUUAUCGAUUUUAUGAAUUAUAACAGUGACUACUUCAUAAGCUCGAUUAGACAUCUAAAUGAAUAUAUAAGAAAUUAUUCAAAGAAAAUAUAUAAGUAUUAUUCAGAUCGAACAAAUGUACUCUUGGAUAAGUUGGAGCAUAAAAUUGAUGAAUUAAUCAACCAAGUGGAGCUUACUUUACUGGACUUAUUUAAACAGUUAAAUCUAUAUACUGAUGAACCUGUGAAUGGUAUGCAGUCAUCAGAACCUCGUUCGGUCAAAGAGUACUAUAAUAAAAUUAUGGAUAAAUUCAUGAAAGGUAUUGAGAAACUUAAGGAUACAAUAGAUGAAAUUAAAGACUUGACAGAGAAUUAUAUGAAGAGUUUGCCACUUUAUGACAUGCUACGCGAUCAUAUUGAAAAAUUGAAAUCAUACCCUUACAAAGAGAAUGCGUGGGAAGAAAUACACAACUACUUGCAAGACCUAGAAAAGUCAGCUCCAACCAGAGAUUUUGCUAGUUUUGUCAAUGCUUUGGAUAACUAUAUAAAUAAUAUCAUUCAUGACAUACCGGUGAGCCAAAAAGAAAUAACAACCCUAAGGAAUAAAGGACUUAUAGUUGUGAAGUCGAUGAUAUUUGAUUUCUCAAAUUACGUAGAUCAUGAUAGAGCAAUGAAUAUUUUUAAUGCAUUACGUAAACUUACUACCUUUGGCCAAACUAUUCUUCACCUAGCCUCGCCAAACACAUUUAAAUAUCCAACCAAUGAAAAUCUAAUGUUAUUUGACUCUAAUAUGCAAUUGUAUCAUACCUAUUUGAAUCCGUCGAAUAUAAUGCCGCCGUUCGAUGCUCAUAGUGUUAUAAUCGACUUCACCAAUAUAAUUACUUACAACGGUAACCCCUACAGUUUUAUGCCAAACACCGGUUAUUAUACGUUGGUCGAAGAUUUUGUAAACAAGAAAUUUUCAAUACUUACUUAUUACGAGCAAAACAUUUUAAAAAAAAUAUCGAUUUCAGUUUAUAAUGGUGAAAAUUACAUAUUGCUUUCUGGAGGAAAUAUAACCAUUAAUGGCAAAGAUGCUGAUUUUCCAUUUAUGAAUGACAAUUUAAAAGCAUGGAAAGAUGUUUAUUUAUUUGGAAUUGACGUUGCUGUUGGUUUCAGUAUUAAAUGCACUUUGGAUUUAAAUAUUGUUCAAGUGUCUAUUAAUGGAUACUAUCAUGGUCAAGUGCAUGGUUUACUAGGAUCAAUGUAUCAAGAACCCAGAUUUGAUUUAAAACUACCAAACGGAGAAUUACCCGAUGAUAUAGCAUCAUUUUUGUUGGCGUAUGGACAAAAAGGAAACACCAAACCGAUUAAUAUCGAUUUAUCACAAACCGAUGUACCUCUAUGUUCCAGCUUGUUCUCUGGAACAUCUUCUCUAAAACCAUUCUUCCCAACAAUACCACCAGCAGCGUAUAGAGCGAUUUGCAAUCAAAUCGUUUCUACAGCUACAUCUGAAGCAGACACCUUGAAUAAAGCUUGUUUAGUGGCUAAAGCUUUUGUGAGCAUGGCAAGACAAAAAUAUAUGUUAAGUUGUAAUAUUCCGGAUAUGUGUAUAACAACUUCGAUACACGACCGUACAAUAGACGCGUCGACGAGUAUUCAGAUAUCUGAUCCAAGCGAUGAAGCAGAUAUAAUUAUUUUGUUCGAAGAGGUCCUAGAAAUUGAACAAACAUUUUCAGAUAUAUUGAAUCCUUUCAUAAAAAAAGUUACAAAUGACUUGAAAAGCAAAGGAAUAAAUAACGUCAAAUUUAUUAUUAUUGGAUACUCUGAAAAAAGUACAGAUUCUGAAGUGCAUAUGUAUUCAAUUAACGAUGACAAUGGCUACACAAAAUUAUUGAGUGACAUUCCGAAAUCGACAGAAUCUCAAACCACCGCCGAACCAGAGACAAGUUUACUGCAAUCUCAACUUAUGCAUUCGUUUAGAAAAGUUAUGGAUAAAAAUCCAAAAGACAAAGCAUACAGACUUUCGGCCGAUUAUCCGUUCAGAGCGAAUGCUAUGAAAGUCGUUUUGUCCAUCGCACAAUCUCUAUACAGUACGCAAGAAUCCUUAUCUCAAUACACGUUCAGCUACGUAACAUCAUGGUAUUUGAAACAAGGUAUCACGUUUUACUUGAUCGCCCCUAUCAAUUUGAAUGAUGCUACAGACGACGGAAUUUUCGGAGCGAGUGGUAUGAACAGAAUUUAUACAAAUACGUCACCGAAUGGUAAAUACAGUGAUGGCGUGUAUACUUUCGACCAAUCAUUAGAGACGAAUUUAGUGUUAGAUACGGGCGGGACCAUGUACGAUUCUCAAUUUUUCACCCAAAUUUCGAGUGCAAAAUUAGAGACAUUCUUGAAUUCGUUGUGYGGGACCAUUGUAGACARGUCCGUUAGUGAUAAAGUGAUCCAAAAAAGUUGUUCCAGUUCGUUGUACAAUGGAAUGAUGCCGUACACGAAGUGCGUGGUCAUCAAGAACUGAUACCGACGAAAACUUACCUAAUUUUUAGAAGGUGACACAUAAUAUUUAAUAUUUUUUAUUACUAUCAUACUCACACAUAACAAUUAUAAAUCUAUAACAUGUAACGCGUGAAAAACAGUUAAACAUAUUGGGAACGACCUUUUUUUUAGACUUCUCUGCUUUAAAAUUUCAUAAUAUUGAUGGGCAGUAGAAAAACGGGAAAGUAUGGACUUUUGCUAAUAUUAAUUCUGAAAAAUAGUGUAAUUCAUUUAUAAACGAUACUUCCCACAACUUAUCAUUCAUUCAUCAAAGUUGAAAGUUAUUUAUUGAUAAAUUCUGUCCUAAAUAGCACGAGUUCCGAUAAUUAUUAUCUUGAUUUUUACGCUGGCCCUGUAUUUUGUUUGUAUACAUUUUACCGCUUUUUACAUAACCAUAAUACCAGGGUACGUUUAUAAUGUUUAUACCGAAUACCGUUUACCGGGUGUYAAGUAUACCGGCCGGUUGUCUGCAACCAKCGUUCAAAUGUUUGAUUUAAUUUUAUUUUCGUUUACAGAUAGAUUCGCAAUAAUGUGUGUUUGGGUCAAAUGUAAUAUUUAAAUUUUAAACCAAUAAUUAUUCAUUAUUUUCUAGAUCAUAAAUAUGUAUCACCACAAAAA